AUGGAGCACAAAGCUUCCGAGUCUCAUAAUGAGAUUGUGAACAAUGAAGAUGAUGCCAUUUUCUCGGUUUCAGAUGAGGGCAUACUAACUCCUCCUCGAACCCCUCCUACUGUUAAUAACUUCAUCUAUGAAGACGAAGAAGAAGAAGAUGAUGAUCAUGAGCCUACUCAGCCUAGGAGAAAGCGAAGAAGAAUCGGAGAUGGAGAAUUUUCUCCAAAUUUGGACACUUCCAAUUCCAACAACGAGCCUGCUGCAACUUUUGUUUGUGAAAUCUGUGCCGAUGACAAGGCUUCCAACGAGUCGUUUGGCAUCCAAAAUUGCAGCCAUUCAUACUGUAGAGACUGCAUAAAGAAUUACGUAGCAUCCAAGCUUCAAGAGAACAUAACAAGCAUCAGUUGCCCUGUCCCUGAUUGCAAAGGGUCACUAGACCCCGAGUAUUGUCGUCCAGUUCUUCCACCUCAAGUGGUUGAGAGGUGGGAAAGUGCUUUACGUGAGUCAACAAUCAUAGUGUCUCAGAGAUUUUACUGUCCCUAUAAGGACUGCUCGACAAUGUUGGUUGAGGAUGUGACACAGGUUGUGAUGGAAUCGGAGUGCCCUAAUUGUAAGAGAAUGUUCUGUGCACAAUGUAAGGUUGCGUGGCACGCCGGGAUCGGCUGCGAAGAGUUUCAGAAGCUGAAUGAGAAUGAGAGGGAGAAGGGGGAUAUCAUGCUGAGGAACCUUGCUCGGAAGAAUCGUUGGAGUAGAUGUCCAAAGUGUGCGGAAAUUGUUUCAUCUACGCACCCGGACAAAUUUAAGGAAGCAAUAUGGAGUUAUGGACCUGUAUGA